CUCAUUUUUCUGACGGGACCAUUGGCCGAAUCCUCUCAACGACCAUUUGGUUGUUGCAAUGAGCUAUCCGGCUGUGCAAGAAGCAACCCAUCACCAUUACAAUUACCAUAAAUCCUCACUAAACCCACAAAACAUGCACAGUUUGGAAGUGAAAUACCGAGCCAUAUGCAACAAUCUCUUGUCCCUGACCCAAUCAAGAUCCUUACCAAAAGGGGUGGCUUUACACGCUCUUAUAAUCAAAUUAGGCAUUCAAAUUCUCCCACUUGUUUCACACCACUUAAUCAACUUCUACUCAAAGCUCCAACGCCCACUUGAUUCCACACAAGUUUUUCACGAAGCACAUUUCAAGUCUUCCACUACUUGGAGUUCCGUUAUCUCUUCACUUGCCCAGAAUGAACAACCACUUCUUGCUUUACGGUUUUUUCGUCAAAUGUUGCGUAAUGAGGUAAUAAGGCCAGAUGAUCAUAUUCUCCCUUGUGUAACUAAAGCGUGUGGGAUUCUUUGUGAUUAUCGUAUUGGGGAAUCGGUUCAUUGCCUUGCUUUGAAAAUUGGGUUUGAGGGUGAUGUUUAUGUAGGGAGUUCGCUGGUUGAUAUGUAUGCAAAAUGCGGGAAGAUUGAGAUUGCUCGGAAAGUGUUUGAUGAUAUGCCUGAUAGAAAUGUGGUUUCUUGGAGUGGAAUGAUAUAUGGGUAUGCUCAAAUGGGUGAGGAUGAGGAAGCUUUGAGGAUUUUCAAGGUUGCAUUAGGUGAAGGUUUGGAUGUCAAUGACUUUACCUUUUCGAGUGUGAUUCGGGUGUGUGGGAAUUCCACGUUGCUUGAAUUAGGGAAGCAAAUACACGGGUUGUGCUUGAAAACUAGCUAUGAUUCAUCAAGUUUUAUUGGGAGUGCCCUCAUAUCUUUGUACUCCAAGUGUGGUCUUGUGGAAAAUGCUUAUCGUGUUUUUGAUGGGGUUCCCGUUAGAAAUUUAGGGAUGUGGAAUGCAAUGUUGAUUGCUUGUGCACAGCACGGGCAUACUAAAAAAGUAUUUGGGUUGUUUAAAGAAAUGGAAAGUGUUGGAAUGAAGCCAAAUUUCAUUACCUUUUUAUGUGUACUAUAUGCUUGUAGCCAUGCUGGGCUGAUUCAAGAAGGGAAAUUUUACUUUGAUUUAAUGAAGAAGCAUGGAGUUGAGCCAGGGAAUCAACAUUAUGCUUCCCUUGUGGACUGUCUCGGACGAGCUGGAAAAUUACAAGAGGCAGUGCAAGUUAUUGAAAAGAUGCCAAUGCAGCCAACAGAAUCUGUUUGGGGAGCUUUGUUGACUGGCUGUAGAAUCCACAGGAACACUGAAUUGGCAGCUUAUGUGGCCGACAGGGUCUUUGAGUUAGGUCCUGUUAGCUCAGGCGUACAUGUGCUACUGGCCAACGCAUAUGCUGCUGCUGGUAGAUAUCAAGAGGCUGCCAAAGCUCGGAAGAUGCUCAGAGACAGAGGUGUGAAAAAGGAAACUGGUUUGAGUUGGGUUGAGGAGGGAAAUAAAGUACACACAUUUGCUGCUGGAGAUAGGUCUCACUCAAAAUCUAAGGAGAUAUAUGAAAAGUUGGAUGAAAUAGGUGAUUACAUGGAGCAAGAAGGGUAUGUUGCAGAUACAAAUUAUGUGUUGCAACAGGUUGCUGGCCAGGAAAAGAGUGAGACUAUCAGGUAUCACAGUGAAAGACUAGCCAUUGCUUUUGCACUUAUCUCCUUUCCACCCGAAAGGCCUAUUAGAGUUAUGAAAAACUUGCGUGUAUGUGGCGAUUGUCACAAUGCAAUAAAGAUUGUUUCAAAGUGCACCAAAAGAUUAAUUAUACUGAGGGAUAACAAUCGAUUUCAUCACUUUGAGAAUGGGAAAUGCUCGUGUGGUGACUAUUGGUGACUGAACUUCUGCCCAUGCAUGUACCCCUGUAAGGAUCUGGUAAAGUUGCUGGUCUUAUGAGGAGUUUUAAGGCAGAACCUACCAAUAUUUGUUGAGGGAAGGAACAAAUUUGGUCGCCAUAUUUCCUUGGACAACCUUUUCCGCACAAAAUGAUAAUCAAGCUCGACAUACUUUGUGCAAGCAUGUAACACAGGAUUGGCAGCUGAUGUAUUGCACUAAUGUUGUCAGUAUACAACAAUGGAGGUCUGGAUAGAGAGAUACCAAUGUCCUUCAACAAGUAUGUAAUCCAGGUGUGUCUGCAGCUAGGGAAGCCAAUGAGCGAUACUCAGGAAUGCACAUUUGGACGCCAUUGUAAUGUCAAAAUUGCUGAACUAAAACAGGUAUUGGAGUCGGUUACUUCAGAACAGAAGUACCUAAGAGCACACCAUGCUCGUCAUUGUCAUAGUAAGAUUCCAUUCUUCUUCCUCAAUAGGAACUUCAUGUUCUCUUAUUAAUGAAUAUCAUUUGUAUGGUUAAUGUUUUGUUGGCAUUGGGACCAGCUAGCUUUAGAAAACCUAGCUUGCAAAGUUUGUCAUUUGGAGCAAUUAAAAAAUCUAGAAGACAUCCAUUACACGCUGCAAUACUUUUUGGGAGAAAUAACCACGUACAGAAUUAAUUCCGGUCUCACCUAUUGCGUCAUAGUGUUCUCUUAAGCAUGUUUUCAAUCAAGAUGGUAGUAUUAAUUUGAAGCUAACACCUCUUUCGGCAUUUUCAGACUAAAGAUCUCAACAGACUGAAAUAUUUGAAGUUGCUUAGUCCAGAUUAAGUAUUGUUAUUUCACAAUACAAGUAUGUCUUACACAUUCUCGAGGAGACAAGAAUAAUGAGAUGUAAACCUAUGGACACUCCUAUGGAUCCGAAUACUAAAUUCUUGCCGGAAGAGGGGAGUCGUUCAACGAUCUUGAAAGAUAUAAGCGUCUAGUUGGGAAGUUGAGUUAUCUUGCAGUGGCCAGACCUGACAUUUCAUAUCCUGUUAGUCAAUUUAUGUGAUAGUCAUUGGGUUGCAGUUGUUCACAUUGUACGAUAUAUUAAGUUAACACCCGGUAGAAGAAUAUUCGUUUAGGAUCGAGGUCAUGAGCAGGUCAUUGGAUAUACAGACGUUGAUUCGGCAGGAUCACCUUGUGAUAGACGUUCAACAUUCGGUUACUGUGGUUUAGUAGGAGGUAAUUUGAUGUCCUGAAAGAGUAAGAAACAAAGUGUGGUUCCUCAAUCUUUUACAGAAGCAAAAUAUCGAGCAAUGGUGGUAGCCACUUGUGAGCUAGUUUGGAUUAAAUAAUUGCUGAGAGAGUUAAAAUUUGGAGAAAUUAGUGAAAUGGUACUUGUGUGUGACAACUAAGCAACUUGUCAUGUCGCAUCAAAUCUAGUAAUUCUUGAGAGGACUAAGCACAUUGAGGUUGAUUGUCACUUUGUAAGAGAAGAUAUUAUUACAAAAUUUGUAAAAUCAAGAUCAACUUACAAACAUUUUCACCAAAUUCCUCAUCGUACUAAUUACGUUUAUAA